CACAAAAUCGUCCUCAUAGUCGUCUCACAUAACACAUUCAAUACCUAGAAACUGUUCAACAAACACGAAAAUUACAUUAAACCUCUAUUUUUGGGUCUUUGAAUUAGGUUUCAGGAUGCUUAUACCGGAAGUUAAUAUGGUGCAGGUCUCUAGGAAUGCGCGUAUUCAGCGCAAAGAGAUUCUGCAGUUUAAUAUGCCUGGACUGAAAAUAAUUGAUUACAGUGAGAUGCAACGAUUGGAUAAAUUCUUUUUGGAUUGCCAGGACCUAAGAGAUUAUUAUCGGGAUCCGGAUAAUAAGCUGCACGAACCCUCAAAAUUCCGGAAUCCUGGACGCUGUGGCAUUAAACCAGAUCGUGUGAUGAGCGAGCUCUUCAAACCAGUAGAAUGGGUUACUCAGUCCAAGCCUGUCUACAAUUUCAUUGAAAAACCACCCAAAUCGGACAUGGACUUGAAUUGGUCGCCUUCCUCUCUUAUGAAGGGUCGUUACACUGCUACAUCUUGUAGCAAAUUUAAGCGUUAAGGGAAUUUCUUACAUAUGUUUAUUUUUCAAAUUGCUGCAGUUUCAUAUAUAUAGAUAAUUUUAGAAAUGUUCGGUUUUUUACUCAAUUUACGAUUCAAUUUCAUUAGAAAGCACACGAGCGCAUGUAAGGCAAACUAAACAGAAACAAAAAGAGAACCCAUUGAUCCAUUUACUGGAACAGAGAAACUGAGAAAACUCAAUCAAUCAAUGACCUUCUAUGGAUUUGGAUAUAGGCAGGAGGAGAAAAAAAAAAAUCAACAAAAAGCAAAAGAUGUAGAAGGAAAACGGAAAGGAAGUUCUGACAGGUUAAAAGAAAAUGUCGCUUCAAUUAGCCCAACUCUAUUUGAUAUUCGAACAGCAUGGAGAAAAAAAAAAGACGGAAACAAUAAAAAUAUCAAUUAAUA